CCAUCAAUUUUCUAGGUCAAGUCUCUGCAAGUAGGAAAGAAGGGUGACGCAAGAUGACUGAUGUCGGAAAAUCAUUACUCUGGAUUUACCGAAUGGUUUUAUUAGUCGCCUUUACCAGACUCUCAUUCCACAAGGCGCGGUCACAAGAUCUACGGCUGGGCAACGGAAGAGGUCCCGGGACAAGCAGGUGUGUACCCCGGCGGGGUGGACUAGGGGAAUGCCGGGUCCUCUUCUCAUGUCCGUCCGUUGUCAAAACAUUUCGGAGGGUCCGUCCGGCCCUCUGCGGCUUUCAUGGAAAAGUGCCUAUAGUGUGUUGCCCUAAAUCACGAGAUUCAAGAGAGCAGCCUGCAACACCUAAGCCGAAGAUCAUUCUUCCAUCAGAGCCUCCUACUAUCAAUUUCGUGUGUGGACAUCGCAAUGGCAACACCAGUCGUCCUAUAAGAAGUGAUGUUGUAGGUGGGGAAGAGGCCAGCCCAAAUUCUUGGCCCUGGAUGGCGGCUUUGGGUCGAUGUGACCGGUGGUGGGGCGAAGUGACCUGGUUCUGUGACGGGACUCUAAUCAGUCCUCGGUUCGUUUUGACAGCUGCCCACUGCAUCGACUUCAGCCGACUGGACGUCGUGAGACUAGGCGACCACAACCUGAGCCAGAGUGACGUCACUCCCUUGGACUUGAGAGUCGCCGAUAAGAUUGUCCAUCCAGGGUAUCGCCCUCCAGCAGCAACUCACGACCUCGCUCUUCUGCGCCUUUCCUCGAGUGUCACCUUCACGGAAAAGAUCUCACCAAUAUGUCUGCCGUGGGUGCAGAAGGAGUCACCCAAUCUGGAAGGCAGGAAGCUCAGUGUUACCGGAUGGGGAGCGACAUCUUUUGGCGGUUCCAUGAGUGACGUAUUAAGGGAGGUGGUCGUGACGGUGUUUCCCAACAGUGACUGUGAUGUCCCCUACAGUACUCUUCGGGAUUACAAUUUGAGGUUCCCGGAAAAAAUAUGCGGACCGGAGUUCAUCUGCGCGGGAGAUAAGGUUGGCGGGAAGGACGCGUGUAAGGGAGACUCUGGAGGACCGCUGAUGUACAACGUCUUCGGGAGAUACGUGCUCGGGGGAAUCGUCUCCACGGGACACGGGUGUGGGCAGUCGGCGUUUCCUGGCAUUUACUCUGCGGUGGCACCCGUUCUCCAGUGGAUACGAGACGUAGCCUUUGUCUAAACCAGUGGUUCUCAACCAGGGGAGAAUUCCGCCCCGCCGCCACCCCGCCUAGGGGCUAAUAUCAGUUUCGGGGGCGUAGGGUUAGGGAGGAGGAAUUGUGACCACAGAUUGGCAGCCUCACACUGGCUCUAGGACCAUCACAAAAUGAAGUGUGCAUCGGUACUCGCUACUGAGAAGUCAAGCAAGCUCUGCUUUCUCUCCACUAGCUUGUGUGUUUGUGUUAGCAUUUAGUUGCAUAUUAUUUGGAAUGCACCUUUUGAGGUAGACAAUUUAGGCAAUGGUUGGGGGAUGUUGGGUGGUCGUGGAAUGACGUUUUUAAAUAAGGUUAAAAGGUGCAUGGGACUAAAAAAAAAAAAUGUUGAGAACCACUAAUCUAAACGGUGCUCUGAAACGUUUCCAGUUGAUUUACAUUCUGAAUAGUCUUUGGAACUUUUCAGUAAGUUGAUUUAUAACCUGAAAAGUCUUUUUUCGAAUUAGUUGUAGAAGCCUCUUGACGUUUUCAUUUCAUGAGAUUUUUGACGAGAUCAUCAAAUCAUUCGAUUUUUAAAAGAUUUCUGAAUACGUUCAAGAGUGCAAGCCGAAUUGGGAGUCGCUGAAGUAAUUAAUAAUAACAAAUACACAAGGACCUCCUUCUUAAUCCUGCAUAAGAGGAGCCUUCGCUUUCAGUCAAAUAUGAUGAAUAAUUAUUCAAUGACUCAUUUAUCCUUUUGGACACAAAAUGCUGCUGGAGACAAGGACCCUUCGGAAAGAAUUGUGACUUUUAGAUAUUUGGAGCAAUAUAUUUUUCAUCUUUCUUUGAAUGCGCUCCACUAGCGAGGUAUUGAAAAUGACUCAUGCGCUAAGCUGAGUGCCGUCCCCUGUUAAAUAAUUGCCCUUAUUUCUGCGAAAAUGUAUUAGUCCUUUUUUUCCGGGAACGCCACCCUACAUUGCGCACAUAGAAAUAAAUGUUACAAUAGCUUGAUUAUAUAUCAGGAUAAUGACACAUGCGUAUUGAGUAAAAGUCGCCAUCUUUGAUCUUUUAAAACCUGUCAGUCUUUCUUUCGACUUGUUAAUACCAAAUCCUUCUGAUGAGAAGUCUUGCAGUUACAGCUGAUGUUAUAAUUACCAUAAAUACCACGCAUUGCGAUGUUGCUUUCAUUGAAAAGGCAGAGGAAUUAUUCAUACCAAUGCUCGCCUUAUUAGAGAGACUUGAGAUCGCUCGCGCGGAGGGAAACAGUUUGCUAUAGAUUCCCAAAAUAAUGAAAAAAAAAAAAGGAAGAAACCUUUGUGCCUCUUGACUUAUGCAGUAAAGUGUGUAUUUGGUAGUUAGACGAAUGUGGUGGGUAACAGCUGAAGUGAAGAAGGCCUUAAGGUUAAGGGAAAAGGGGAUAUUUACACAACCUUUUUUUAGUUAUUUUUAGUAUUUAUAUGUUUAUGCAUAUAUUAAUUGUUCAUUUUUAGAUUAUAUCUUGAUGUGCUUGCUGUUCAUUUUUAUUUACUUGUUUAUUUGUCGACAAAGAGGUGACUUGCGUAUUGAAUGAAACUUAUUGCUAUAUUCA